UUUCGGGUCAACACCCUUAACUCCUGGCCUUGACAUGAUGAUCUCUGAAGUUUAUAUGUAUUUUAGUAACAGCAAAGCUUCAACUUCAUAACAUAACGAAAUUUCUCUGUACUCGGCUUAGAAGAAUCAAAAAGAACAUACGCUAAUCACUAGAUGGCGUUACUGUCCACUACCGUAUGACAAAUGAACAGUAACCUUUGGUGGGUUAUGAAGUUUAGAACAGUGUUAUGAUUUUCGAUUGUAGCAGCUGAAAGUGGACGUGAUGGACAGAGAUGAACUUUACCAGCAGAGACCCAGUGGGCUGACGCCACCCCCUUUAAUUUCUGUACAUGAUGAACCAAAACCUCAACGAAGUCAAGAACACAUUCAGAGAUUCGCAGGUUUUGGAAUAGGUGUCACAAGCUUGUUUGCAGAGAAUCUGCUAUCACAUCCCUGUAUCGUACUAAGACGACAAUGUCAGGUGCAUCACAAUUCGACAUGGUAUCAUCUGACGCCUUUCACAAUAAUACCUAUCAUUGUCAACAUUCAAACCCACCAGGGCAUCGCCUCGCUGUGGAAGGGCAUCGGAGGCACGUUCGUCGUGCGAGGUCUCAACCUGAUCGCCGAGACGGUGCUCAGCGAGUUCACGUCGUUCUCAAGGGAAGUGACCCGUUAUACGUGUUACAAAAACCUAGGAGGCCAUGUUACACUCAAGUUCCUGACCUUUGCCAUCACAACCCCGUUUGCUGCUGCCAGUCUAGUCGAAACUGUUCAGAGCGACAUUGCGAGCGAGCGUCCGGGCAUGCUGGACGUCAUCAAGGAGGGCCUGCGCCGCGUGACGCGCUGGGGCACGCCGCAGACAACGCGGCUACUGCCCGUCUACCUGCUCGUCGUUCCCACCGCCCUGCACUCGCUCGCCCACUACGCGAUCACACGCCUCGUGCAGCAGGCCGUCGUCGCACGCCUCCGCCCCGAUGACGACGCCACCUACAGGCCGGUGAGUGGCUCCCCCUGCUGGGGCCUCGUCGCUAGUGUGGUCCAGUUAGCUCGGGGUUGUUCGGUGCACAGCGGCGGCGGCCACCCAUCGGCGAGCGACCCAUCUUCCUCCUCCCCCGCACCGCCGCCACGGCGCACGAUCCACGAGGCCUACCUGCCCGACCUGAUCGCCGUCUUCAGCUCCCACCUGAUCGCCGACGUGAUCCUGUACCCGGCGGAGACGGUCGUCGCGCGGCUCCACCUGCAGGGCACGCGCACGAUCAUCGACAACCUCGACUUCGGGUACGAGGUGGCGCCGAUCAACACGUGCUACGAGGGUGCGGCCGACGCCGUGCGCAGCAUCCUCCGCGACGAGGGCCUCGCCGGAUUCUACAAGGGCUUCGGUGCGCUCGCGCUGCAGUACGCCACGCACGCGCUGCUGCUGCGCGCCACCAAGCUCGUAUUCGAUCGGUUAGCUGAGAGCUAUGCUGGUCGCCCCGCGACGGGGCGGGGCGGCGACGGCGACGCGGCGGCGGCAUCGUAG